GGUGCACAUUAAGAAAAAAGAAAUCACUCAGUGUCAUCCCCCACGUCAGGGUUGGCUGUGGGCGUGAGGCUAUACUUCCUCCGCCCCCUCCUAAUGGAGUGAACCAUUCCCUGCUCUUCCUUCCCUCUCUCUCCCUCUUUCUGUUUCUGCCCCCCUUUUUCUCUUUCUCUCUCUCUCUCUCUCUCUCUCUCUUGCUUCCUCUUCAGCCUUCCGUCCAGUUUAGUGUGUGCAAAAAAAGUCUCAGGGCUGCUGAGGGAACUUGUUGGCAAUGCCUGGCGUACAGAAGCCCCCCGUAUUUUCCCAAGUCCCACUUUAAGAAAAGAGAAGAAAGAAAGAAAGAAAGAAAGAAAGAAAGAAAGAAAGAAAGAAAGAAAGAAAGAAAGAAAGAAAGAAAGAAAGAAAGACGAUCUGCAGUCGCAAAUGGUUGUACUAAAUAUAGGAUGGGACUUAAGUUGAACGGCAGAUACAUUUCUCUGUUCCUUGCUGUGCAGCUAGCAUACCUGGUGCAGGCAGUCAAAGAAGCAAGCAAGUGUGAUGCAGUCUUUAAGGGCUUCUCGGAUUGUGUGGUCAAGAUGGGCCAAAACAUUGCCAACUAUCCGCAAGACCUGGAUGACAAGAAAAAUCUCGAAACAAUCUGCCGAUACUGGGAUGACUUCCACUCCUGCACCCUCACAGCCCUCACGGAUUGUCAGGAAGGGCUGACAGAUGUCUGGGAAAAACUGAAAGAGAAAUCCAAAAAGCUCGACUACGAAGGCAACCUAUUUGUCCUCUGCGGCAAAACCAACCGAGCAGCCUCGUCCCUCCUAGCCUCUGCCUCCCCGGUGCUGUUGGUGGCUCUUUCCGCAGCGCUGGCAACUUGCAUCUCCAUGUAGAAGGCCCUUCACGUCAACAGCAUCAACAGCACGCGGUCCACACGACACAGAAUCCUCCCCCACCUCCUUCAGCCCACCACCCUUCCCUCCUCCGCCGUUUCUCUCUUUCUCCAAGACGUGGAUUUACAAGAGGAAACAUCUCUGCCCCUUGGCUUGGGGUGGAGGGGGGGAGCUUCCCCUCCCCCAAAAUAAUGGGGCAGGGGGAAACGCCAUUGUGAAGUCUCCGUGAUGCUGGUGACCCCAACAUCCAUCUUGGGGAAGGACUGGGGGGGAAAAGAGAGAGAAACGGAAGCCAUCACGACCAACUCGGUCUCUGCUCGCUCGCUCUUUCUCUUUCUCUCUCUCUCUCUCUCUCAUUUCUUUUUUGCGUUCAGAUGAUUUGCCAAAUGGUCCCCAACGGCGGCGAGCAAGCAAAACAGCCAAACUCGGACCUCAGCUUUAGUUCCCUCUCUUCAGAUUAAGGUCAACUCAAGCCCUCUUUUUCGUGUGUGCGUGUGCGGGUGUGGGUGUGGGUGGGUGCGUGCGUGCGUGGGUGCACCAAGAAUCUCAGGAACGGCUUCCAGCCACCACCGAUUACUAAUAAAGAGUUAAUAGGUAAUAAUAAUAAUAAAUAAUAGUAACGAUAGUAAUAAAAUAACGCUACUAAUAACACUACUCACGGGAACGAAAGGGGAGCUCAGCUCUUCCCCUCCGGGGGAAGGUGAAAGCCUCUCUUUGGCAGGUUGAAUUGAGCUAGAAAGCUGGAAGGGGGAGGAAGCGCAACCGGAAAUGGAGCCACCUGAGCCGGAGCACGUGGGUUGAGCGGCUUUCUUAAGGGGAUGAACUCACCGACGUUUGAUCGUCUCGCCUCGGAAACUCUUUGUCGUUUUACUGAUUUGUUUUCGAUAUUCCCCUCCACCAUCAUUUCACUUCAGAGAACCAUGAACUCCCUUCCUCGAUGGGUGGCGGAGGAGGGAGGAAGAAGGGGGAAAAAAGGGGGCGGAAAAAGAAGUGGAAAAAAAACAAAACCAACCAAAAUGCGGUUUUAGCUCAAAGAAGCGCCCCGUGGAGUGCUGCUAAGUAUCGCGGAAGGCUGAGCUUGAACCGUCAAAGCAUCCUUCAAAGUCUUCACUGCCUUUUUUUCCCCCGUUGAAUUUCUCUUCUCUUUUUUUAAGAGUUGUCCCUCUUCUUUUGUAGGUGUUUCACCAUUAUUGGCUAUCCAACAGAUCACAGGGGAGGGGGAAAAAAAGGGGGGGGGGGAAGAAAGGUAUAUGUUAACGUUACAAACACAAUAACAAGCGAACACACGACCUAAAGGUUCUGUGGGAGGAGUAUGUUAAAAGAACCUUGAUUUUAAAAGAAAAGAAAAAAAAAACAAAUGUAAUUUAAGAAAGUUUAUUAUAAAGGCAAUGCAGCAAAAAAAUAAUAAUAACAUAAAAGAUUUGCUACAAAGUAUAGAAAAAAGGUAUAAAAUAAAAUUAUUGUUUGAAAUGA